AACUUUCACCUUUGACCUAUUUUGCUUACACAUGUGUUGACUCUGCUAAGUUUGUGGUGGACAACAACAUUGGCCUUGGGUGCCUUGAAGAUCGCUGUAACAGUCAAUAAUUGUGACUUAUCGGUCAACAUGACUGAUUUUUGUUUCAAACUGGGAACUUCAGAGAUGACAUGAGCGUAUGGAGAGCUCUGAACCGCGCUAAAUAUCUUUGACAAGACGUGUGCUACUUCUUAUGAUACUUGAUGAGCAGUGAAGUGAAGUGAAACUGACAAAACAUGGAAAUGGUUAUCAUUCAAGGAGGGAAUGAACUUGAAAUGGGAAAAACUUCAGGAUUAUGACACAUACACAGACCUACAUCCUUAAUUUUACUUUUGCACAACAUUGUGUAGGUUAGGCUCAGUGCUGGCAAACUCCUUGGACUCGAGUCCCUACUGAGGUCAGAAGUACCAGCUUGGCCUGUGCUAGUUGACCUUGUCAUAAUAAUAAUAACUAUGGCCCUGAGAACCCCCGCCUCACUACAACUGUGGAAACAGAGUUUAACAUAUAAUUAUACUUUGCGAGGAGUCAGGGCUGUGUGCUUCAGAGGAUUUUCCACCUCUAGCAAAAUGAAAAAUGACAAGUCUUUAUCAGGUCGAAAUUACCAUGUUCUAGUAUCGACAUCCAAUUGUAUCUUUGAGAAUUUAGCUCUGGAAGAAUGGUUGUAUUCAAAUGCUGCUCUGUCUACAAAUGAUUACCUCCUACUUUGGCAAAACAAACCUGCUGUUGUUUUGGGACGACAUCAAAAUCCAUGGCUGGAAGCAAAUGUUCCGCAGGCCAGAGAAGAAAACGUUGACGUCGCACGCAGGGCCAGUGGAGGUGGCACAGUCUACCACGACAUGGGGAAUCUGAACCUGUCGUUCCUCACAUCUCGAGAUCGUUACAAUCGCAAGAAGAACUUGCAGCUUGUGGUUUCAGCUCUCAGCUUAUGUGGUGAUGCGAACCUCACCAUAAAUGAAAGAGAUGAUAUUCUCCUAGAAACAUUUUACAAGAUAUCUGGCACAGCAUCCAAACUAGGGAGAGUUGAGAGCUACCAUCAUUUAACUCUGCUGCACAGUCUAGAUCUUUCCAACCUGCAGCGUUUCCUGGAGUCGCCAGCGGUGGGCAUUGUGAGCAAGGCAACAAAAAGUGCCCCGGCUCUUGUGAAAAAUUUGGUGGAAGAGUUGCCUCAGCUGACCUUCCACGAGAUGAUACAAGCCCUCAGUCAACAGUUCCUCAAAGAUGGUUUAGCUGAUCCGAAAGAGUACAUCGCAGUUGAUCCAAUGGAUGAAUCUCAAUUCCCAGGCGUGGCUGAGAAUAAAGAACGUCUACAGUCGUGGCCUUGGAUUUUCGGAAAAACACCAAAGUUCACUCUCAGGCGUGACUUCACAGGACAUCAGUUUCAUGAACAUGACUGUACUGUUAGCAUUGAAUUGACUGUAGAAAAAGGAAAAGUAGCCCAUAUCGGAAUAGAGGAGCAUUCAAAAUCUAUGGGAGGUUUGGUACCUUUGGCUUUGGCUUUCUAUGAGGAGCAUCUUGUUGGUGAAGAUCUCACAGUCAAGAAUUUGACGAGUAUCAAAACAGAAUUUGACAAUUUUUGUGAUAAGGCCUUUGUGGAUAGGAGCAGUGAAGUUCAUCGAGGAGCACAAUGGCUCUCUGACCUCAUUCAAUCCUGCCUGCGGUUUGUGUGAAUGAGAGACAGAAAGUGCGGAGAGACGUUUUCCUCAUUAUGUGCCAGGUCUGAAGUGUGAACAGAGAAUUAAUAAAGUUAUGAAUUAUGAAGUGCAA